GAUUACUGCGAGAGUCCAUUUUUGACGAAGUGUUCAUGAACGCAUCACCAGGAUACAGAAAUUUACGGAGAUUAACAGCAGCCGACUGUUGUUGUUUUUUUUAAGCAUUGGCGUAUUAAACCAACACACAUGGAAUUAUUAGUAUUAUCCCAAUUUUGACGCUUGUCGUCAUUAUUAGGAGCAAGACUGCCUUCUGCGAAGCUGUCAACCGAGCAACGAGGAUGACAUGCCCCAAAGAAGUUGGUGGCUGCGACUACUGCUGCUGCUGAGCGAGGUCGCUGCUUGGCCGAAAGAGAGCCACUGAGAGCCGCCUCAACUUUUCCGAACGCCUCGGUAGCAAAGAGAGGACGCCUGCUUUAACGACUCUUCUUUUUAACGCAUUAUUCGACGCUAAAAGUGUCGAAUGAACAUUUGAAAAAAAAAUAAUGCACGGCCGAGUCCUCCACGCGAACGGCCAUGGAGCAGCCACAAGGACAGUCUGAAUAACCUGACCACUCGUUGACUUGUUCAGCGGCUCCAGCAGAUAGCCCGCACCGGAUUCCCCCCCGCGUCAGACCCACAAUGGAUAUCUUUCCCCGGCCCAGUGGCGAAAUCCAGCGGAGGAACCCCCAGCACGACUUUGAGCUCAUCCAGAGGGUGGGAAGCGGCACCUACGGGGACGUCUACAAGGCUCGCAACAUCCAAACCGGAGAGCUGACAGCGGUCAAGAUCAUCAAGCUGGAAGCAGGGGACGACUUUUCCAUCAUCCAACAGGAAAUCUUCAUGGUGAAGGAAUGCAUGCACCACAACAUCGUGGCCUACUUCGGGAGCUACCUCUGUCGAGAGAAGCUGUGGAUAUGCAUGGAAUACUGCGGUGGGGGAUCCCUGCAGGAUAUUUAUCAUGUGACAGGUCCUCUGUCGGAGAUGCAAAUUGCGUACGUCUGCCGGGAGACUAUACAGGGUUUGGGAUACCUGCACACAAAGGGCAAAAUGCAUCGUGAUAUUAAGGGCGCCAACAUACUUCUGACAAACGACGGAGACGUCAAGUUGGCCGACUUUGGCGUCGCAGCAAAAAUAACAGCCACCAUCGCCAAGAGAAAGUCCUUCAUCGGGACACCUUACUGGAUGGCUCCGGAAGUGGCUGCGGUGGAGAAGAACGGCGGCUACAACCAGCUGUGCGACAUCUGGGCGGUGGGCAUCACGUCCAUCGAGCUGGCCGAGUUGCAGCCCCCCAUGUUUGACCUGCACCCCAUGAGGGCCUUGUUUCUUAUGUCAAAGAGCAGCUUCCAGCCGCCCAAGCUAAAAGACAAAAACAAAUGGUCUGCUGCUUUCCACAACUUUGUCAAAGUGUCCCUGACCAAAAACCCCAAGAAGAGACCCACAGCAGAGAAACUCCUUUCGCACGUGUAUGUGGCGCAGACGGGCUUGACGAGGCGGCUUGCUGUUGACCUCCUGGACAGGAUGAACAACCCCGACAACCAUCAGCAUUACAGCGAGGCGGACGACGACGACCUCGAGCCCCUCUCUGUGGUCCGACACACCAUCCGCUCCACCAACAAGCAUGCCCGGGCCGAGAGGACGCGCUCUGAGAUGGCCUCAAACAAUGGGACAGAGCAAGGAGGGCCGCGAUCCCCUCAAGGGAGCCAAGCAGUCGACAAGCUGCAGUUUGAACCGCCGCUGCGGAAGGAAACAGAGGCCCAUUCGGAAAUGGAUGUGAGUAAAGAUAAUGACUUCCCGUCCCCCUGGAGCCCCUUUGCCGAGGGAGGAAUAACAGCCAGGAGUCUCCUCAAAAGCGUUGAGGACGAGUUGUUCCAACGGGGACACGUCGCUCACCUGCAGGACGCUUUUGGCGAAGUGGAACUAUCCACACUCAAGCCAGGAUAUCCUCCUCCUCGGCCCCCGAAGCCCCCGUUGCACUGCCCCUAUGAGGAGGCAGGCCACAACGACGAGCGUUCGCUUACGGUGCGGCGCUUCCCCAACGUGGAGAACGGUCCAGGCCAGGCUGCGCGACGCCGGAGCACGCCGGAACACUGCAACAAGACCGGGAGAGCCUCGCCAGACUACCUCUCUGUCAGCGUCAGCAGCCCCGGGCUCUUGUCUCAUGCCUCAGACCAAGACGACGACUCGGACGGAAGCGUCAAUGGCGACAGUCCCAAGCCGGCGCCCCACCGGCUGUGUCGGAAGCUGAAGAAGGAUUUUCCUAAACCCGCCAUCAAUGGCUUGCCGCCCACACCCAAAGUGCUGAUGGGUGCUUGUUUCUCCAAAGUGUUCGACGGGUGUCCUCUGAAGAUCAACUGCGCCACAUCUUGGAUCCAUCCGGACACCAAAGACCAGUACCUGAUCUUUGGGACAGAAGAUGGCAUCUAUACGCUCAAUCUGAACGAGCUGCAUGAGGCCACAAUGGAGCAGCUGUUCCCCAGGAAGUGCACGUGGCUGUAUGUUAUCAACAACAACCUGAUGUCUUUAUCGGGGAAAAACUUCCAGCUGUACUCCCACAAUCUCAUCGGGCUCUUUGAGCAGCUGAAGAAACCUGGCUUGGCUGCCCAGUUCCAGACCCACCGCUUCCCGGACAAGAUUCUGCCCAGGAGGUUCGCCUUGACGACCAAGAUCCCCGACACAAAGGGCUGCCACAAGUGCUGCAUUGUGAGGAACCCGUACACAGGCCACAAGUACCUAUGUGGAGCGCUGCAGUCUGGCAUUGUCCUCCUGCAGUGGUAUGAGCCCAUGCAGAGAUUUAUGCUCAUCAAGCACUUUGACUUCCCACUUCCCAGCCCGCUGAAGGUGUUCGAGAUGCUGGUGGUGCCUGAACAGGAGUACCCACUUCUGUGCGUUGCCAUCAGCCAGGGCGACGAGCCUGGCCAGGUGGUGCGCUUCGAGACCAUCAACCUCAACUCCUGCUCUUCCUGGUUCACUGAAAUGGGAGCCAGUAAUCAGCAGGUGGACGCCAUCCAUGUCACGCAGCUGGAAAGAGACACCGUGUUGGUGUGUUUGGACCAAAACUUGAAGAUCGUUAACCUUCAGGGCAAAUUAAAGUCCAACAAGAAGCUGGCGUCUGAGCUCAGUUUUGACUUCGGCAUCGGAUCAGUUGUGUGCCUGCAGGACAGUGUUCUGGCCUUCUGGAAGCACGGCAUGCAGGGCAAGAGCUUCAAAUCGAACGAGGUGACGCAGGAGAUCUGUGACCCGAGCAGAGUUUUCCGCCUCCUGGGAUCCGACAGAGUGGUGGUUCUGGAGAGCCGGCCCACAGACAACCCGACGGCGCUGAGCAACCUCUACAUCCUGGCGGGUCACGAGAACAGUUACUGAUCCACCAGGUGGAACCAGAGUAGCAUUUAGUUUUGGGUUCUUUUGACAGAGGAGGAACUUUCUGUCGCCACACGUUCUGUUUUCGUUGACAGGCUGCUCAGCUCUUUGGACUCACAAGGAGCCGGUGAGGAACGUCCAAACGCAACAGAAGUUCACAAAUAAGAACUUUUUUAUAUAUAUAUGUAUCCUGUACAUUUUACAUCCGCUUAUUUGUGGGUAUCAUAAGUGCCAUUAAAAGCUGGUGAUUAUCUUUUUGGGAGACUUUAAGCGCCCCGAGGCUGGCUCGGAGCAUCUGCAGUCCGACUCGAGACACAAACACCUGAGCCACAUGCGGGUUAUUUAAGCAAUAUUUAUUAUUAUCAUUAAUAUUAACCUCUGGUAUGUCGGACUACCUAAUAACCAGCAGCCUUCCGAGCAGCUUUUGGGUGCUUCUUGCAUUGUAACAUAGUCACAUCCAUCCUUUUUACACCUUGAACGUAAUGUACAAAUGUGUGUUCCCCCCCCCCCUCUCCUUUUAAUCUUUUAUAGACAUAUAACGACUUAUUUGCACCGUGUAAGCACUUUUGUACAUUUUUCCUUGUUUUUGUAAUUUAAAACCAGAACAUGAGGGACGACGCACGCUUCUGUUGACAUCUUUGCAUUCCCUUUGCAAAAUGUUUUAACCUAUGCUGUUUUUUUUAAUAAAAAAAAGAGCUGUUGUUAA